CGGACGCUCCUCAUUGGCUGAAUUUUCCUCUCAAUGGCCGAGCGGAAGACGGGCCGAGGCGACAACCCUCCUAAUGCCUCUUCUACACAAGCUGCCACUCUGAAACCUCAAACUCCGCCUUUUUUGGGCAACAUUUCUUCAUUGGUUUGAAUCGUAUGGUUUAGGAUGAUGGAGACAAUUACUUGUGCGGGGGUGACAUUGGAUCUCCCUUCCGAGAUGUGUCAAGACAUUUCGCUGCUGUUUGAGGUGAUAUCUCCUGAUACGUGGAACAACCACCUCACAGAUGAGCACCGGGAAAUGCUCAUGGGCUUCUUGCCUGAUUUCCCUGAAAAUGACCUGGAGGAGAAGACACGUACCUUGGAAAUGUUCUUCAUGGAUCAGAACUUUAGGCAUGGUACCCCGCUGCGAUUAUUCCAUGAACAACUUUCAAAGGGCUUCUUCAACCCAGAGAUCUCAAAGAUGAGGGCUCUGCAUAAGAAAAUUCUUUAUAGGGAAUACAGGUACCGCCAGAAGCAGUAUGUCCACCACACCUUAGAGGAAAUCUUAGUGCGCAGAAAAAGAGUGCUGGACAUAGUGAGCAACAUGCCUCCAGAUGACGUGCCAAAGAUCCCUCGCCUGCCUCCUUUGCAUAACAAGAGAAAAAGCUCCCGAACAUCAAUAGAAUACAGGACAAAAAAACGCUAUUUUCGUGAGUUAGCAGCCAUCAAAGCAGAACUUGGUGAUGCAAGUGACUUUUCAGAAGAUGAAAUUUAUCCAGAAGGACCAGGAGCUUCCUUGAAUAAAAAGCAACGUCGUCAGCUAGGAGGACUGGAAGGUUCACUUCCUACAGAUUUGUUGCCUGUCCGGGCAACUCAUAGUAGUGGCUCCUUGGCACUGGAUUUAGAGCUAAAGAUAACUCCAACUAGCAAUCCAUUGGACUUAACAGAUGACCAUUUUAGGGCAAUGCUGACUGCCCACAGACUGCGUCGGAAUAAGAGAGAGUCAUCUGUCGAUUUAGACACAAGGGGCAUAACACUCCAGGAUGUCAUUACAAGAGCUCAGGUGCAGAGCAAGAGACCCCCACAGAGAAACGUCAUUUCACCUCUGUUGCUUGAGAAACCAAAGAAGAAGAUUAAGGUGAAGAAAGAAAUCUCCUCCCCGCAAGUUCCCUCCACAAUCCUGGCUGACCUCCCUGUCAUCCCCAAGACAGAGAUUGCAAGCGACUCAGAGUCAUCCUCCUCUUCCUCCUCAUCAUCCACAGAGAGUGAUUCAGAGGAGACAGAUAUAAAGAAGGAGAUUCCUGCAGUUCCUCAGGCUGUGAAGAAAGGAAUAACAGGAACAAAAAGUGUCAAGGUAAAGUUAGAGCCUGCUGAGACUUCCACAUCCCCAGAAGACAUUGACAUUGGAGGGCUUAAUGUGGAGCCUUUGAUCAAGGAAGAACUCAAGGUCGAACUGAAGGAAGAACCAAUGGAAGACCAAGUAACGGCUGCCAUAGAGACCUCUUCAGAACUAACAGCGGCACUGGAAAGCAUUGGGGCAUGCAUUGCACCAGAGUUAACCCAAGAGACACAUAUCUGCUUCUUCAGUCUCAUAAGGGAUAUAAUAUGUUCCACUGGCGAACAGCGAAUGACUCGAGCACAGCUGGAAUCUAGCAUAAGAGUCUGGCAGGAGUCAGCCAUUUCACCUCUUAAUGAAUGGUACUCAAAUGUACCAUCUUGGGUCAACAUCCUGCCAUCAGCGAUAAACUUCCUAUGUGGACAUUUUGCAGAUGUACAACCAGCAGAUUUUGUACCUUAUAUUGAGUACAAGAGCAUGUUGAGAGUGUACCAGUGGAUUGGUGCUGGACGAGACAGUGAUGGCCACUUGGAACCCCUCGCACAGUUCUGGCUUGCAAAUAAGUCGUCCAUGAGCAGUGAGUGGAUAGAGGAUGACAUGAUGGGUUCACGAUUAGAUAAUGAAGAGAGUGAUAUCAUUCCUCCACCACGCUGUUACACAUCGUGGACAGUUCAGCCUGCAACAGAGUCAGAGAAGGAGAUGUACCGUGCACAGGAAAAACUGAGAUAUGAGAAGCCACAUAAAGCAUACACAUUCAGGAUGCAUAGCUAUGAGAGUGUGGUAGGGCCAGUGAAGGGGAUUUACACACAGCAGACGGGACUCAACAAGGCUAGGGGUCACUCACUCCUUGUGCCUGAUAGGCCUGCUUAUGUUACCAUUCUAUCUCUUGUUCGAGAUGCUGUUGCUCGCUUGCCAAAUGGAGAAGGAACUAGAUCCGAUAUCUGUGAACUGUUGAAAGAAUCUCAGUACUUGGCUCCUCUGACAAGCCCAACAGCUGAAAACAACUUAAACAGUGUGGUGUCAGGUGCACUAGACAGACUACACUAUGAAAAUGAUCCAUGUGUGAAAUACGAUGCCCCAAGAAAGUUGUGGAUAUAUUUGCACAGAAACAGAAAUGAGGAAGAAUUUGAGCGAAUGCAUCACCUAAAUGGCCCUGGAGGGAACAAAAACAAAAAGCCUGCUCCUCGACGGCAGAGUAGAGCCAAAGCCAAAGACUCUUUGAAUAUUAAGGGCCCUCCAAAUGUUUCUCUGGAGCCAAUUGCUUCCCCAAAGGUUGAGGGAACUCAGCUAAAAUUGAAACCUGAGGAAGUUGCUGCUCUUGCCAAGGCAAAGGCAGACAGUCCAGUCAAAUUAGAUCAGUUGGGCUCUGCGGCAGUUGGGAAGACCGUCACUUCCGUGAGAGUUGGAGGUGUCCGAGGAGCCAUGGGUGCAAGUAGUGUACAGACCAUACAGGUGUCAACAGCAGGUGGUGUACAGACUAUUAAGGUAGCCCUUCCCCCUGGGGCACAGACCAUCACCAAAGUCACACCACAGACACUGGCCAAAGGACCAACUUCUUCCAUUACAAAAGUGGCAGGACAGACCAUCAGCAGAGCAGCCAAUCCAGCACUUGCAAAGGCAGUUACAAGUGGCAUCAAAGGUGUUGCUUUGCAACAGUCAGUUCUUCAGUCUACUGUGGCUGGCCCAACACUUGGUCAAGAGACAGUAUUGGGCACACAACAUAUCACAAAUUUGUCAUCGGGGAAUAUUGGCCAGGUAAAACCUCGAGCACCUGUUGUUACUCUGACUACCAGGGAAGCUGCAAGACUUCCAGCUCCCUCUGUAUCCCAAGCUAGACCCAGUGCCUCUGCUGCACCACAGACCAGCCAGUUAGCAGCACACUGCUCCCUCUGGAGACAACUCUUCAAAUAUGAACAUAUGCUAAAGACAUUUGUUCUCUCCUCCAGUAUCCCUGGCGGUUUCAAAUUACUUCAGGCUACUCCACAACAAGUAGCAGGAAAGAGUAGUGGAUCAAAUAAUCCAGUGGUUGUGAAUUCCAUAACAAAGCUGCAGACACUCAUGGUAGAUGGCAAAGUGUUGGUACAAGGAGGGAAGGUGGUACAGGCCAUGCCGGGUAGCGUAGGGAUGGGAGGCAACAUGGGAGGGAAGCAGUUUAUCUCAGGUAUUCUUCCUGGACAGCAGGUGGUCACCGUAGAGAACCUUCUCAGCCAGGGUGACAAGACAACACAGCUCCAAGGUGGGGUUGUGACAACGGUAGCAGGAAACAAGCUAGCCGGAGGAAAUGUUAUCCAGCUGGCAGGAGGUGCAGGUGGUGUCCAGAGGCUGACCUUAGUGUCUCCACAGGGGUCACACCUUCCUCUCAAUGCAGCCAACCAGAGACUUGUUUUGGCUACUAGUUCACAGGCAGGGAAGAUGGAUGGGUCUGGCAAUAAGGCUCAGGUGGUCCAGACCAUCCAGACCUUACAGCCUGGCACUCAUGUGGUGCAAAGCAGCUUUGGGGCUGUCACAACUACAAGCACCACCACAACCACACCCACCACACCCACCAGCACCAGCAACACCACGCAAGUCAUCACUGCACCCAUAACCUCCACGCGCAUGGGAGGCUCUAACACCCAACCUCGAUUCUUCUCCGUUGGUCAGCAGCAGAAAACUAUUGUUCAGGGUCUGAAUGUGGCCGGUAAACCAUCAGUCCUUGCCAGUGGUGGAAUCCGCUUAGUUCAACCUGGCGCCAGUGGCACAGCUGGAACAGCCUCCGUUGUAGCCGGUGGAUCCACAGCAACUGGGAACCUCAUUACAAUAGGUGGCAAGCAAGUGCUGCUCACAUCCAAACCUUUUGCUCAACAAGGACAGCUGCAGCAGGUAAUGCUGACUGGAGGAAAUGUCAAAGCGGGAGCACAGACUGCUCAGGUGACAAGCAGUCAGGGUGCAGUUGUUGUAGCAAGUGGAACAGGAGGGCAGCAGAUUGUUCUUCCUGCAUCUGCCUUACAGGGAUCACACCUAAAUCUGAAGGGUUUGCAAGCGUUCCAGACUUUAAAAGUUAUUCCAGCAUCACAAGUUACUCAGCAGCAAAGAGGAAAGCCUGUGCUAGCAAGAAUAGUGUCUCCAGCAUCAAUACGAGGUACAACUCAAACAGUUCCAUCAGUUUCCACAAGUCAGUCUACAGUCCAUGAUGUGUCGAAGUCUUAG